AUAACCACUUCGUAGCGGCUGGUCGGUUUCUGUCUCCGGGAGGGCUGCCUAGGCGGCGGCGGCGGCGGCGGCGGCGGCCGGGGCGCCGGCUGGGGGCCGCUGAGGCGGGAGCUGCGGCGGCGCUGGGCGCCCCUGGCUCCUCAGCCUCUGCCGGCCAUGGGCUCCGAGAAGGACUCCGAGUCGCCGCGCUCCACCUCGCUCCAUGCGGCCGCCCCGGACCCCAAGUGCCGCAGCGGCGGCCGGCGCCGGCGCCUCACCUUCCACAGCGUCUUCUCCGCCACGGCCCGCGGCCGCCGCGCCCGGACCAAGCCUCAGGCCGAGCCGCCGCCCCCGGCCGCGCCGCCGCCGCCCGGCCCGGCCCCGGCUGCGGUCCAGGCCCCGCCGAUGGAGGCGCUGCCCGCCGAGCCCGCUGCCGAGGCUGAGGCGGAGGCCGCGGCUGCCGGGCCGGAGGACGACGAGGCGGCGGAGGGCGGCGGCGGCGCGGAGGAGGUGGAGUGCCCGCUGUGCCUGGUGCGCCUGCCGCCCGAGCGGGCCCCGCGCCUCCUCAGCUGCCCGCACCGCUCGUGUCGGGACUGCCUCCGCCACUACCUGCGCCUGGAGAUCAGCGAGAGCCGCGUGCCCAUCAGCUGCCCCGAGUGCAGCGAGCGUCUCAACCCGCACGACAUCCGCCUGCUGCUGGCCGACCCGCCGCUCAUGCACAAGUACGAAGAGUUCAUGCUGCGCCGGUACCUGGCCUCGGACCCGGACUGCCGCUGGUGUCCGGCCCCCGACUGCGGGUAUGCUGUUAUUGCCUAUGGCUGUGCCAGCUGCCCAAAGCUAACCUGUGAGCGGGAAGGCUGCCAGACUGAGUUCUGCUACCACUGCAAGCAGAUAUGGCAUCCAAACCAGACCUGCGACAUGGCCCGUCAGCAGAGGGCUCAGAGCUUACGAGUUCGGACCAAGCACACUUCAGGGCUCAGUUAUGGGCAAGAAUCUGGACCAGCAGAUGACAUCAAGCCAUGCCCACGAUGCAGUGCUUACAUUAUCAAGAUGAAUGAUGGAAGCUGUAAUCACAUGACCUGUGCAGUGUGUGGCUGUGAAUUCUGCUGGCUUUGCAUGAAAGAGAUCUCUGACUUGCAUUACCUCAGUCCCUCUGGCUGUACAUUCUGGGGCAAGAAGCCAUGGAGCCGGAAGAAAAAAAUUCUUUGGCAGUUGGGCACAUUGAUCGGUGCUCCAGUGGGGAUCUCGCUUAUUGCUGGCAUUGCAAUUCCCGCCAUGGUCAUCGGCAUUCCUGUUUACGUUGGGAGGAAGAUUCACAGCAGGUAUGAGGGAAGGAAAACCUCCAAACACAAGAGGAAUUUGGCCAUCACAGGAGGAGUGACCUUGUCAGUCAUUGCAUCCCCAGUGAUCGCUGCUGUUAGCGUUGGUAUUGGUGUCCCCAUUAUGCUGGCAUAUGUUUAUGGGGUUGUGCCCAUUUCUCUCUGCCGUGGAGGAGGCUGUGGAGUUAGCACAGCCAAUGGAAAGGGGGUGAAAAUUGAGUUUGAUGAAGAUGAUGGUCCAAUUACAGUGGCAGAUGCCUGGCGAGCUCUCAAGAACCCCAGCAUCGGGGAAAGCAGCAUUGAAGGCCUGACUAGUGUGCUGAGUACCAGUGGAAGCCCCACAGAUGGACUCAGUGUUAUGCAAGGCCCUUACAGCGAAACAGCCAGCUUUGCUGCCCUCUCAGGGGGCACACUGAGCGGUGGUAUUCUCUCUAGCGGCAAGGGAAAGUACAGCAGGUUAGAAGUUCAAGCCGAUGUCCAAAAGGAAAUUUUCCCCAAAGAUACAGCCAGUCUUGGUGCAAUUAGUGACAACGCAAGCACUCGUGCUAUGGCCGGUUCCAUAAUCAGUUCCUACAACCCACAGGACAGAGAGUGCAACAAUAUGGAAAUCCAAGUGGACAUUGAAGCCAAACCAAGUCACUAUCAGUUGGUGAGUGGAAGCAGCACAGAGGACUCGCUCCAUGUCCAUGCUCAAAUGGCAGAGAAUGAAGAAGAGGGUAAUGGUGGCGGUGCUGGCGAUGGCAGUGGUGUCAGUGAAGAGGAGCCCCCUUGCAAACACCAAAGCUGUGAACAGAAAGACUGCCUGGUCAGCAAGGCUUGGGACAUCAGCCUGGCUCAGCCUGAAAGCAUCCGCAGUGACCUGGAGAGCUCUGACACGCAGUCUGAUGAUGUGCCAGACAUCACCUCAGAUGAGUGCGCCUCCCCCCGCUCCCACACUGCAGCCUGCCCCUCGACCCCCAAAGUCCACGGUGCACCGAGCCCAAGUGCCCACAGGAACCUCGCUGCUCCAGCCGAGGGCCAGACUGUCUUGAAGCCAGGAGAGUAUGAAGUGGAGUGAAGGCCCCUGCUCUGAGAAGCACACUUGUGUACCUGCUGGCCUGUGCCGUAAAGGAUGAGGCGUCCAGAUAUCAGCCCCUGUGGAAGAGCUCACCUCUCAGGCGACGCAGGCCACCUUGUAUUUCCUUGCACCUUGGAACAGGAAAUGCUGUUAAUGGACUUGGCAUCUCAGUAAGAAAGUGUCCUACAGAGUGUCCCUGUGUGACUAAAGGAACCUGUUGGGGGAAAGGGCAGUUUGGAGACUCCUGAAAUGUAAAUGAUCAACAUUUGCAAUUCUUCUGCAGCCUCAUCAAGAAAGCACUUAACUGUUAAAGUGCGUAGUCAUGGGCCAAACCUGUAGCCUUUAUCUGGGUUGAGUGACUAUUAAUGCCAUGGAACUGGACAGACUAUUCCCGUGUCUGCUUCCUCUCCGCCUGAUUCUGGGGCCACAGGGUUAAGACACUGUACUGAAAAUGCUUUGGUAAAGGCCUGUGUUUAUUAUAGGGAGCAAGGUCAAGGAGAUUCUGGUUAUCUUCUAAGAAAGGAAACCUGAAACUCAGACCAAAGUCUCACAAAAACGGUUGGGUUAUUUGAAAGUUCUCAGGGUUUGGAAAAGCCGAGAAGGCCCGCUAGCGCCACCUGGAGGAAGAAAUGAAUAAUGCAUUGGGGAAGUGAGAAAACUGUACCUCCUUGAGCGAAUUCAUUCAGUGAAAUGCCUAAGACACUGCAGGUGUAGAAUGUAGCGAUGAGGGGAGCACACAGCUUCUGUCCCCACAGAGCUUACACUCUAAUGAGAGGGGACAGAUGCCACUUAAACGAAGAUAGGUAUGUUCGUGAGAGGGAGAGCAGUGGGUGUGUAUUAGCUUUCCAUCACUGACAAAACACCUGAGAUUUAUAAAGAGGGAAUGGCCAUGGCCCUGUGGCUCCAUUGCUAUUGGGCCUGCAGGGAGACAGAGCGUCAUGGUGGGAGUGGGGUGAGGUUACACGGCGGAGGAAGCUGCUCACCUCAGGGCAGCCAGGAAUCACAAAGGGAUGUGGUCACGAUAUCCCACUCAAGGGCAUGUGACUGAUGACCUAAUUUCCUCCAAGUGGGCCUCAUUUCUUAGUUUUAACCACUUCCCAUCACCACCACCACCACAGCCAGGGAGACAAGACUUUGGCAGACAAUACAAGCCCAAACUGCAGUAGGUAGCAGGACCCUCUGGUAGGGUCUACUUUAUUAGACUGGAGAAGGGGGCAGGAGGGAACCAUGACUGAAGAUAGAGCACCACACAGUGUGACUGAACACCACAGGGAGAGUCGGGAGCAGAGCUGCUUAAAAGGCAGGAUUGCCCGGCCGUCCGAACAGCUUGGAAGACAGGGCCAGGAGGAGUAGCCCGAGCUGCUGCAGCGGGUGUGUGCGGCCAGCUUUCACGGGGCACGUCUAGGCCUCUGACACAGAAGGAAGCUGUGGGCUUGGUGGAUGGAUCCCUGACGGAACCACCUUGUACUGCAGAGGCCAGCAAGCUGGGCACGGCAUGUCUUGACUUCCUUGAAGCCAGUGCUGCCCUGCCUGUAACUCACCCUGCCAAUUAGAUACACAAAUGCAGUGCAGACAGACAUGACUGACUGGGGGAGGGGAGGGGACUCUCCUUAGCGUCUUUGGCUAACACUCCUGUAAAACUGUCAUACCUCAGAUUGCUCCUCCGUGACUCUCCAGGGUCAGUGGUAGCUUUUGGGGGUGUGAAAGGGCAUUCCCCAGCCACAGGCAGCAGUCUGCAUGUUCUUAAGAGCCGGGGUGCUCAUUUCCACGGUGGACGAUAGAGCAGCUCCCGAGUGUGCAAGGGUAAUUGUGGGAACCUAGAAGCACAGCCUCCAGCCACCCUGCCCUAUCCCCCUGGGUGCCCCAGCUCUUUUGUGAGUGCCUCACUUGCCUUCAUUGAAUCCUUUUCUACUUAAAGUUGGUAGAGUUUGGGUUUGUUUAUUUGUUUAUUUUUCCCUGUAACUGUUACUUUUGUUGUUGUUCCAGAAGUGUUUACAAGUACAAACCUUAGCUUCGCCAUGACUAAGUUGGGUUUGAAGGAAACGAAGAUGCCGUAGCUUUGGGAUAUGGUAAACUCCAGUCACCUGACACCCGGUCUCUUAGAGGAAAAACCAAGCGUCAUCUGCACUGUGACAGGCCAGCACGUAAGGAGGUCGGAUGACAGAGUGAGAAAAUGAAGGGCUCCAGGCUUGCACAGUAGAGCCCUCAACAUUUUCCCUGUAGCCACAAGGCUGCUGAACCUGAAAUAAAAUGGGGCUGUGCCAGGU